AACCUACAAGAGGAGUUUGGCAUGACUAUCAGUAAGCAGACUACCUACGAGGUCGUAAUCGAAGACGUAGAAUAUCUCCGUCACGGCGAUAAGCCCUUCCAGGCGCGGCUCUUCAAGCCCCAGGGAGACGGACCCUUCCCGGUAAUGAUCGAACUGCACGGCGGCGCCUGGGUGAAUGGCAGCCGCGAUAGCGGCGACGUCGGUAACGAAGCCCUGGCCGGCAACGGCAUAAUCGUCGCGGCCCUGGACUUCCGCGUUCCGCCGGAAGCUUCGUAUCCCGCUUCCUUCCAGGACAUCCACUACGGCAUCCGCUGGGCCAAGGCCUACGCCGCCGAAUGGAACGGCAACCCGAACAGCAUCGGCGCCAUGGGCACUUCCAGCGGCGCCCACCAGGCCAUGCUUUUGGGCAUGCGGCCCUCCGACGCCCGCUACUCGGCCCUAUCCCUCACCAAUGGCGCAUCCGAUGUGGACGGCACCCUGGGUUGUGUGAUCAUGGUCUCUCCGGUAAUCGAUCCGCUGGGACGCUAUCACUACGCCAAGGGUAUGCGGGAAGACAUCAAGCCCCCCGAGUCAGUCGGCGAGCGCACCGCCUCCAUGCAUGACAUGUACUGGGUGACCGAAGAGGCAAUGGCCGAGGCUGCCCCGGCCCGCGCGCUGGCCCGUGGCGAGAAGACCGACCUCCCGCCCACACUGUGCCUGGCCCGCCUCUACGAGGCAGCGCAUCCCCGCCCGGACCUUGACGAGUUCAUCUCCCAGUACCGCAACGCCGGCGGGAGUAUUGACGUGACGAUCUUCGAAGGCGAAGGCGAAGGAGUGCUGCGGGACCUUUCCUCGGACGUAGCGCAGCAAGCCCUCGAACAGAUGACCGCGUUCAUCAAUCAGCACCUCGGGUAA